ACAAAGCGCCUCUCCACUUUCUUCUGCAGUUUGGUUCUCAUCUUCUUACGUCAAAAUAACAAAAGAAAGAAAUAAUGAUUUCAAAUUCUUCAUCUUCUCUCCAUCGCACUUGGUUACACAAUGUCUUCCCGAGCUUCCACGGUGCAGAUGUCCAAAAAUCUUUUCUUAGUCAUAUUUGGAAGGAGUUCAGACGUAAAGGAAUCGAACCAUACAUUCAUGACGAUACGGUGAGAGGAGAAGUUAUCGGCCCUGAACUUCAAAAAACGAUCCAAGGAUCGAAGAUCGCACUUGUCUUGCUCUCGAAAAGAUACGCUUCUUCGCCGUGGUGUCUUGACGAAUUGACCGAGAUUAUGAAGUGCAAGAAAAAUUUGGGUCAAACAGUGAUGGCCAUUUUCUAUGAGGUGGAUCCAACUGACGUCAAGAAACAGGCUGGGGAUUUUGGGAAAGUCUUCAGACAAACUUGUGAAGGUAAAACAACCGAGGUUAUUGGGGAAUGGAGUCAGGCUCUGACCGAAGUGGCCACAAUCGCUGGUUACCAUUCAAUAAACUGGGCUACUGAAGCGGAAAUGAUCGAAGAUAUUGCCACUGAUGUUUCGAAUAAGUUGAUUAAUUCGACGCCUUCAAGGGAUAUCGACGACUUCGUUGGGAUGGAAGCUCAUAUGGAGAAAUUGAAACAAUUGUUAUGUCUAGAGUCAGAUGAAGUGAGGAUGAUAGGGAUCUGGGGUCCUCCUGGGAUUGGCAAGAGCACCAUUGUCAGAUGUCUUUUUAACCAACUAUUUGAAUCUAACAAUAAAUUUCAGCAGAGCGUCUUCCUAGAUAAUGUCAGAGCAACGUAUGCAAUACCCUUUUGUUCAGGUCACUACGCUGCUAAGAUGGAUAAUUUGCAACAAAACUUCAUGUCUCAAAUAACCAACCACAAGAAUAUACAGAGUCCUCAUUUAAAAGCUCAAGAAGAUAAGGUGAAGGACAAGAAAGUUCUGGUUGUUCUUGAUGACGUUGAUCAGUCUCUACAUCUAGAAGCCAUAGCAAAAGAAACUGGGUGGUUUGGUCCCGGUAGUCGGAUCAUCGUUACAACGCAAGAUCCAAAUCUUUUGAAGGCACAUGGUAUCAACGACAUCUACAAGGUCGGUUUCCCUGAAGAGAAGGAGCUUAAAGAAAUCUUUUGUAUGUAUGCUUUUGGUCAAAGAUUUCCUAAAGAUGGUUUCGAGAAUUUGGUCUGGGAAAUUAUACAUCUUGCCGGUAAACUCCCUUUGGCACUAAGAGUUAUUGGCUCUUAUCUACGGGGAAUGUGCAUGCAACAGUGGCAAAAGGCACUACCAACAUUAAGAUCUCGCCUUGAUGGAAAAAUCGAGAGUGUUUUAAUGUUCAGCUACGAUGCAUUAUGUGAGGAACAUAAAUAUUUAUUUCUUUUCUUAACUUCCCUUUUCCCAUAUGGAAAAAUUGAGAAAAUAGAAGAUUUUCUUCCGAAGAAGACAUUCUCAAACUUUAGGCAAGGGAUUGAGGUAUUAGUGGAGAAAUCUCUCAUAUCCAUUGUCUUCGGAUCUCUAGAGAUAGACAGUUUGCUCAUCCAACUGGGAAGAGAAAUUGUGAGAAGAAAAUAUGGUAGUAAGCCUUCCAUUCGUAAGCCUGGAAAACGUCAGUUUUUGCAUGAUGAAAGAGAUAUUUGUGAAGUACUGAGUGAUGAUACAGCUGGUAGUAGCAAUGUCAUAGGCAUAAAACUCACAUUAUCGUCUAUGACUGAGGACGAAGAAUUUUAUAUAAGUGAAAGAGCAUUUGAAAGGAUGUCUAACCUCCAGUUCUUAACUAUUGGUGGUGAUUGCAGUAGACUGCACUUUCCGCCAAGUCUGAACUCCAUAUCUCGAAAUCUUAUAUCACUAAAUUGGGAUCAGUAUCCUAUGACAUGUUUGCCUUCUAAUUUUUAUCCACAGUCCCUCAUCAGUCUAACCAUGACGGGAAGCAAGCUUGAGAAGUUGUGGGACAAAAAUAAAAAGCUUAAAAAUCUCAAGAUUAUGAAUUUAAGUUCUAAAAGCUUGAAGGAGCUUCCGGAUCUCUCAACUGCCACUAACCUGGAAGAUUUGCGUCUAGGAGGAUGUUCAAGUCUAGUGAAGCUUACUGAUCUUUCAGCUGUCACUAAUCUCGAAAUCUUGAUUUUAGACGACUGCUCAAGUCUAGUGGAGCUCCCCUCCCUCGAGAAUGCCACUAAUCUUAAGACACUGAGUCUUAAGAGCUGUUCAAGUCUUGUGGAGCUCCCAUCCUCCAUUGGAAAAGCCAUUAAUCUAAAAGAUCUGACUCUCGAUGGUUGCUCAAAUCUAAUAGAGCUCCCUUCAUCAGUUGGGAGCCUUGAUGAAUUGUUGAUGUUGUUUAUGAAUGGUUGCUCAAAGCUAAAGGUUCUUCCAAUCAACAUCAACAUGAAGUCUCUUACGGAACUGCAUCUCAGAAAUUGCUCGGUCUUGGAAACUUUUCCUGAGAUUUCCACAAACAUAAAAAAACUUCAUCUCACUCGGACUGCAAUAGAAGAAGUUCCCUUGGGGGUUAGGUCAUGGUCCCGUCUUGAAGAAUUGCAUAUGUCAUACUGCGAAAACCUCAAGGACUCGCCACAUGCUCUUGACAGUAUCACAGAUUUGCACUUAACUGAUACAAGUAUAAAAGAGCUUGGUCCGUGGGUCGAAGGAUUCUCUCGUCUACGUCGACUUUUACUAAACGGAUCGCAGAAGCUGGAAUCACUCCCACAGCUUCCGGAUUCCCUUUUGUUUCUGGAUGCAGAAAACUGUGUCUCCCUAGAGAGACUAGAUUGCUCUUUCCGUAAUCCAGAGAUGUCUCUCAACUUCUAUAAAUGCUUCAAACUGAAUCAAGAAGCGAGAGAUGUCAUCCUCCAGGCAUCAAAUCGUCCAGUAGCAGUCUUACCCGGUGGAGAAGUGCCUGCCUACUUUAGUCACCGAGCUACUGGAAGUAGCGUAACAGUGAAGCUGGAUGAGAGGUCUCUUGAUAAAUCUUUGAGAUUUAAGGCUUGCAUUAUGCUGGUUGAGAAGGUCCACAAUGCGCCUCCUUAUAGUUCGUACAGUAUGUAUGUGUCAUUUAAGGUCAUGGACAAACAGAAUGGCCUCAUUGUUCCAUGCCCACCGGGACACCUCCAUAUACCUUGCGCUGCAACAUUUAUAGGGCAUUUGUACACCUUUGAUUUAGAAGUAGAUGUGACUUCCAACGAGCUUUGCUUUGAACUCACAGUCUACAGUAACGAAUGGGAGGUAAAAGAAUGUGGAGUACUCCAACUCUCUUAAGUCUCUCUUCAUGUUGAUGUGCAUUUUUUCAUGAUGUAAUCUUGUUUGAUUAUCCUUCUGUGAUGUUGGGUUAUGUAUAUGGUAUAUAUCUUUGCUAUAUAUAUAUCUUCGUUUCUUCCACUCGAAUCCUUUGACAUGUGAAUUUAUGUCGGUUGGUAUUGUUUAUUCAAAAAUUAUUUUUGGUGUCACUCAAAACUUUGACAACUAAUUUGUAGUAU